AAUUUCUGGAAGUUACUAGAAUGUGGAUGAUAGUGUAGUGUGUGUGUCCCGCCGCUGCUGCUGUGUUGUGGUACACUGUUGCCUUCACGUUAUUAACCAUGCAACCCCAGAUUAUAUUAAUGAAAGAGGGGACAGACUCCUCCCAAGGCAAACCACAGUUAAUCUCGAACAUCAAUGCUUGUGCAGCUGUUGUCGAUGCCAUCCGGACUACUCUUGGGCCACGUGGUAUGGACAAACUCAUUGUUGAUACCAAGGGACAAGCAACAAUCAGCAAUGAUGGAGCAACAAUAAUGAAGCAGUUAGAUAUUGUUCAUCCUGCAGCAAAAAUUUUAGUAGAUAUUGCAAAAUCUCAGGAUGCUGAGGUUGGGGAUGGCACUACUACUGUUGUGUUGCUGGCUGGGCAGUUCUUGGAACAGUGCAAAAACCUUAAUUGAGGAGGGCGUCCACCCACAUGCUAUUAUCAGAGCUUUUCGACGUGCUACAAAUUUGGCAAUAGAAAAGAUCAAUGAAAUUGCUGUUAAG